UCAAAACUUCCAUGAGACAAUCAUUUGAGAGUGAGGUUCCCAUACCGGUUUAUAUUCCAUUACUAGCACGCAGCACCCACGAAAUUUCACUGUCACUACUCAAUAACACUAACACACAUCCCUUAUGAACCAACCCCACCCAUCAUCAUAACUAACUCUACUCCCUGUUUCAGUGUAUCCUUACUCUCUGUGGCUGCGAGUCGUCAUGAGUGAUGAUGAUCGUGCAACCAUGACGACAACGUUGGAGAUCGUCGUUGUCUCCGCUGAAGGCCUCGACAAAUACUCCUCCUCCUCCUCCUAUUUCAUCACUCUCGUCAAGCUCCCCAACCACGCGGUGUGCCAGCACGAUGGGGGAGGAGGAACACGGGAGCACAUGUUCCGCGUCCCAGUGGAUCCCACCUUCUUUUCCGACAGACAUUCGUGCCUACAUCUUCAGCUAUACAACAAGCGCCGGAUUGUGGGUCCCACACAACUGGGCUGGUGUCUGAUUCCGGUCACAGACAUUGGCCUCCUCCCCCAUGAUUCCGUACGCUACCUCAGUUACCGGCUACGGACUAGAGACGGUUCCAGGAGCCACGUCAUCAUCAACCUCUCCGUCAGAUUGCAGGGCUCAUGUUCCUCUGUUCCGUGGCUCACGUCACCAUCUCUGGUGGACACUGUUAUUGGGAUACCCGUGACAGCUGCUAGGGGAAUUGGCUACGGUGAUUGCAACAGUUCCACACGCACCACGCGCCGUGGUCACUGGAAGGUGGAGAAAGAAUUAUAAAUAAUUAAUGAAAAAAAUGGAUCACAGUUUGGACUUUGCAGUGUGGAUUAGAAUUUUGGAGGUGGAUGUUUAUCUAAUCUCAUAGGUGGGACCACCCUCACAAAAAGAAGUAACUCUGUGUCUUUGCCCUUUGGUCUUGGCAACUUAAUCCGUUUGCGCAAUUAUCAACUUUUUUUUUUUUUUUUGAGAAAGUUCUAUUUUGUGUUUUGUGAAAAAUAAAGAGUUAUAUUUUCUUUUCUUGGUUUCAUCUCU